CUACAGCCACAUUGUUAAGGGCUGCUGCUGUUUCUUGCUGGUGGGCGGGCGUAGCAGGGUGUCAGCGGAAGGAGCCUGGCACCGGGUCAUGGCGCACGCGCCAUCCGCCCCGUGACCCGGGAAGCCGUCCCUCCUCCUUCCGCCAUUUUGGCCUCUGCCUCUUGUCGGGUCUGUUUAGUUACCACGUGAAUUACCCGGCCGGGGCCUUGACAGGCCAGGGAGGGGGAGAGCAAGCAGCGAGGCCGGUCUACGUGCGAGCGGUGACACCAGAUCCGCCCAUCGUGAGACACCGAGCCACGGCACGCGGAGCUCUUGAGGCGGGGAGCGGGGGCAGCAGCUCGUGCAGGUCCAACUGGAGGGGCGAGGAGCGGCCGCGAGAUGCCGAGUGUCAGCCUCCCGCCCAAGGAGAACGCACUCUUCAAACGGAUCCUGAGAUGUUACGAACACAAGCAAUAUCGAAAUGGUUUAAAGUUUUGCAAACAGAUACUGUCCAAUCCAAAGUUUGCCGAACAUGGAGAAACUUUAGCAAUGAAAGGAUUGACUUUAAAUUGUCUUGGGAAGAAAGAAGAUGCUUAUGAUCUUGUACGAAGAGGACUAAGGAAUGACCUCAAGAGUCAUGUCUGUUGGCAUGUGUAUGGCUUAUUGCAAAGAUCUGAUAAAAAAUAUGACGAAGCCAUCAAGUGUUACAGGAAUGCUCUGAAAUGGGAUAAAGACAAUCUCCAGAUCCUGAGGGACCUCUCUCUGCUUCAAAUCCAAAUGAGGGACUUGGAAGGUUACCGGGAAACCAGAUAUCAGUUGCUGCAGCUGAGACCUGCACAGAGAGCAUCUUGGAUUGGCUAUGCCAUUGCAUACCAUUUACUGGAGGACUAUGAAAUGGCAGCGAAAAUACUGGAGGAAUUCCGGAAGACCCAGCAGACCUCGCCAGACAAAAUUGAUUAUGAGUAUAGCGAGCUGUUGCUCUAUCAGAACCAGGUGCUCCGUGAAGCUGAGCUCUACAAGGAGGCGCUGGAUCAUCUGUGCACCUAUGAAAAGCAAAUCUGUGAUAAGCUGGCAGUAGAAGAAACUAAAGGUGAAUUAUUGCUGCGUCUGGGCCGUCUUGAGGAGGCAGCAGAAGUGUACAGGGGCUUGCAGGACAGAAGUCCAGAGAACUGGGCUUAUUACAAGGGAUUAGAAAAGGCUCUCAAACCAGCUAACAUGGAGGAGAGAUUGAAGAUUUAUGAGGACAGUUGGACUAAAUAUCCCAGGGGCUUGGUGCCGAGGAGGCUGCCUUUAAAUUUCUUAACAGGUGAGAAACUGAGAGUGUGUCUGGAUAAGUAUCUGAGAAUGAACUUUAGCAAAGGAUGCCCUCCUGUUUUCAACACUUUGCGUUCAUUGUACCAUGACAAAGAAAAGGUGGAGAUUAUUGAAGACCUUGUUGUAGGCUUUGAUACAUCUUUACAAAGCUGCCGGCUAUUUAACAUCAAUGAUGAUGGUAAAGAAGAGCCGCCAACUACUUUGUUAUGGGUUCAGUACUACUUGGCGCAACACUAUGACAAGAUUGGUCAGCCAUCCGUAGCUCUUGAAUAUAUAAAUGCGGCCAUUGACAGCACACCGACUCUGAUCGAGCUCUUCCUUGUUAAGGCUAAAAUUUACAAGCAUGCUGGUAACAUCAAAGAAGCUGCUCGGUGGAUGGAUGAAGCACAGGCUCUGGACACGGCAGAUAGGUUUAUCAACUCAAAAUGUGCAAAGUACAUGUUAAAAGCAAACAUGAUCAAGGAGGCAGAGGAAAUGUGCUCAAAGUUUACACGGGAAGGCACGUCGGCAGUUGAGAACCUGAAUGAAAUGCAGUGUAUGUGGUUCCAGACAGAGUGUGCACAGGCAUAUAGGUCCAUGAACAAGUUUGGGGAAGCACUUAAGAAAUGCCAUGAAAUUGAAAGACAUUUUGUGGAGAUCACGGAUGAUCAGUUUGACUUCCACACCUAUUGUAUGAGGAAAAUUACGCUCAGGUCAUAUGUGGACUUGUUAAAGCUAGAAGAUGUGCUUCGACAACACCCAUUUUACUUCAAAGCUGCACGGAUUGCUAUAGAAAUUUACCUGAAGCUCCAUGACAACCCUUUAACAGAUGAGAAUAAAGAGCAUGAAGCAGACACUGCCAAUAUGUCUGACAAAGAGCUGAAAAAGCUCCGUAACAAGCAGAGGAGGGCACAGAAGAAAGCUCAGCUAGAGGAGGAGAAGAAGAACGCGGAGAAGGAGAAGCAGCAGAGGAACCAGAAGAAGAAAAAGGAGGAUGACGAUGAGGAGAUUGGGGGCCCAAAAGAAGAGCUUAUUCCAGAAAAGCUGGCCAAGGUUGACAAUCCAUUGGAAGAAGCAAUCAAAUUUUUAACACCGCUUAAGAACUUAGUUAAGAACAAAAUUGAAACACAUCUGUAUGCCUUUGAAAUUUACUUUAGGAAAGAUAAAUUCCUUUUGAUGUUGCAAUCGGUGAAGAGGGCGUUUGCUAUAGAUCCUAAUCACCCUUGGCUUCACCAGUGUUUGGUUCGUUUCUUUUGUGCAGUAUCUGAGAGCAAAGAACUAAAUGAAUCCGUUAGAACAGUGUUAAAGGCAGAAAUGAACAGACUUUUUGGUGAAACAAGUCCAGCAAAUUUUAAUAACCUCUUCCUGAAAGCGAACAUGGACUCAAUACCACACAGAUCAUCAGCUGCCAAAAUGAUGUACUAUCUGGAUCCUUCUAGUCAGAAACGAGCAGUAGAGCUGGCCAUAGCCUUGGAUGAGUCCCUGACUAACCGAAGCCUCCAGACCUGCACGGAGGUGCUAGAAGCCUUGCGAGAUGGCAGUUUAGGAGACAGCAAAGACACUGCUGAAUCAUACAGAGCCAGCUGCCACAAGCUCUUCCCUUAUGCUUUAGCUUUCAUGCCGCCUGGAUAUGAAGAGGACAUGAGUAUCACAAUUAACGGAGAUAGUUCUGCAGAACCAGAAGAACUGGCUAAUGAAAUGUGAACAGUGGAUUUCAAACAGACAUUGGACCAUAUCAACAAUCUAAUAUUUUUGUCACGCACCUGCUGUAUUGCUCUGUAACUUAUGUGGAGAAUGAAAGGAGUAAAAGAAUUGUUGCCUUUAAA